UCGUAGAUGCUAAAUUCGGCCAUUAUUUGUGAAAUUCAAUAUUCCUGUGUACACGCCGUUGAAUUUAAAGCUAAUCAUCAUAAUAUUGUACACAUAAACAAAAAGUUUUCUUCGAACAAAAAAUCAAAUAAAAGCAAAACAGAAAUAUAUACCGAAACGGGCUACUCAACACAUACACACACACACUAAUAACUUACGUUACAUUUAUUAAGUGGUGUUUUCCGCUAAGUGGCUUAGCAUUUUAGAGGUCUGUUUAAUUCGUUGUAAUCACAACUGUUAGAAAAGGCACGUACUCGACAUAAAAUGCACUUAACUAUAUAAAAUACGACACGUUCAGUGAUGAGUUGAAUAUAUUCAUGUGUGUGUGGUUUCUGUGGAAGCAUUUAACGUAUAUAUCUAUGUAUACAAUAUGAUCAUGAUGAUGGUGUAACAAGACGUUUUACUUGUCGAAUGGAAAACUGAAUAGAAAAUCUCUUUGUUAUUUUGAGUAACAAAUUUAGUUUUAUUGUUUUUCCAUUGGAGCGACAAGACGAGACAUCAGGUAAUCGUAAUCGCCUUCCCAUUGGACACCGUCCAAUAGACUUUCAACUACUAUCUCAAAGUCGAACAACUGGAGUCGCUUCGUCGUCAGUCCCGCUUAAUAGCGGCGCAGCGAGAACGAAAAUUUUCGCAAUGGAAAUUAGACGGUCAAGAGCCGGUCGGAGUAUUUACACCUCAUUGGUCUUUUCAAAAGUAUAUUCGUCAAUGUUUCGUUGAAUUGUAUGCGGGGAUCUAAUAGUAUCCCAUAGAGCGAAGAAGAUACGUUACCGAAGGAUCUUGAGCAGGGUGCAUUUGUGAAUAAACCGAAAAAGGAUGAUUGUAAGAGACGACCAUCGCUGGCCCAAAAAAUGACGUCCAAUUUAAGACGCUUCUCGGGUGCUCAGAAUGCUGAGCACAAAAUUGAUAUAUCCGAGCCAAGUCCGACGAACAAUCCGAAAUUUUACCAUAAAAAGAUUAAAAGACACAGUAUUCACGGCAUGAUGGAGGAGGAAAAUGUUAUUCGACCGCAUCAAGAAAUACAAGCGUUGAGCAUCGACGAAAAGAAAUUUUUGCUGGCUGUUGAACGCGGUGAUGUGGCUGGUACCAGAAGGAUACUGAAAGAUGCUAUCGAAACUGAGUACAUAAACAUUAACUGCGUUGAUCCGUUGGGUCGCUCGGCAUUGUUGAUGGCCAUCGAUAAUGAAAACUUAGAAAUGGUUGAACUACUCAUUAAUUUUAGCGUUGACACCAAAGACGCAUUGCUACAUGCCAUUUCUGAGGAAUUUGUGGAAGCCGUCGAAAUGCUGCUGGAUCAUGAAGACAACACUCAUAGUAAAGAAGGUCAUCAUAGCUGGGAAUCGUUACCAUUGGAAACAGCAACAUUUACAUCAGACAUCAGUCCUCUAAUUUUAGCCGCACAUCGUGAUAAUUAUGAAAUAAUAAAAAUUUUAUUAGAUCGAGGUUCAACGCUACCAAUGCCACAUGAUGUUAGAUGUGGUUGCGAUGAAUGUGUUAUAUCAAGACUGGACGACUCGUUGCGACAUUCGCGGUCUAGAAUAAAUGCGUAUCGAGCUUUAGCUAGUCCUAGUUUAAUUGCAUUAUCAUCGAAGGAUCCAAUAUUAACGGCUUUCGAACUAUCGUGGGAACUCAGACGCCUCAGCUUUCUAGAACACGAAUUUAAGAACGAAUAUCAAGAACUACGGCGUCAGUGUCAGGAUUUUGCAACAGCCCUUCUGGACCAUACAAGAACGUCAAACGAACUGGAAGUGAUGCUAAAUCAUGAUCCAACCGGUCCAAUGUACGAACACGGUGAACGAAUGCAUUUAAACCGUUUGAAAUUAGCUAUCAAACUGCGACAGAAGAAGUUCGUAGCUCAUCCUAAUGUACAACAAUUAUUGGCGAGUAUAUGGUACGAAGGUUUGCCCGGAUUUCGGCGGAAAAACAUGGCAUUACAGGCGUUAGAAAUUGUUCGCAUCGGUAUGCUAUUCCCGCUGUUCUCUAUAACCUACAUUCUAGCACCCCAAUCGCGAUUUGGUCAGACGAUGCGAAAACCGUUUAUAAAAUUUAUUUGUCAUAGCGCCUCGUAUUUUACAUUCCUUUUUCUAUUAAUGUUAGCAUCGCAACGAAUCGAGUCGGUAGUUAGCGGCUGGUUUUCCGGUGCUACUCAGGUAGUCCAAUUAGAAGCACCAACAAAACGGGGCGCAACACCAACGGCAGUGGAAUGGCUGAUAUUGGCUUGGGUUAGUGGGCUGAUUUGGAGUGAAGUGAAACAGCUAUGGGACAUUGGACUACAUGAAUACGUUAACGACAUGUGGAAUGUUAUAGAUUUCGUAACAAAUUCAUUGUAUGUUGCAACAGUAGCGCUGCGAGUUGUCUCAUACUUUCAAGUUGUUCAAGGACAAGACGAGGCAGUGAUUAAGCAUGCGGCGGAUUUGCCGCGUGAAAAAUGGGACACAUGGGAUCCAAUGUUGAUAUCGGAGGGCUUGUUCAGUGCUGCAAACAUAUUCAGUUCGUUGAAGUUGGUUUACAUUUUUUCGGUUAAUCCACAUUUGGGACCACUGCAGGUGUCACUGUCCCGCAUGGUCAUGGAUAUUAUGAAAUUUUUCUUUUUAUACGUACUGGUAUUAUUCGCCUUUAGCAGCGGCUUAAAUCAAUUAUUAUGGUAUUAUGCUGAUUUGGAAAAAAAGAAAUGUCCAGAAAUGUCACCCAAUUAUUCUCCAAGCCAAAAUGCAUCAACCGACCAUAACGCUUGCAUUGUAUGGAGACGAUUUGCAAAUCUGUUCGAAACAACUCAAACGUUGUUCUGGGCCGUUUUCGGAUUGGUCGAUUUAGAUAGUUUCGAAUUGGAUGGCAUCAAAAUAUUCACUCGUUUCUGGGGCAUGCUGAUGUUUGGAACGUAUUCGGUUAUAAAUAUUGUCGUGCUACUGAACUUGCUGAUUGCCAUGAUGAAUCACUCCUACCAGUUGAUAUCGGAACGUGCCGACGUUGAGUGGAAAUUUGCUCGGUCCAGAUUGUGGAUAAGCUAUUUUGAAGAAGGUGGGACAUGUCCGCCGCCAUUUAAUAUAAUACCGGCACCGAAAUCAAUAUGGUACAUAAUACAAUGGAUGAAGAAAUCCUUUUUCGGUCGUUCAAAAACAAUCAAAAAGGAGCACAUGAAAACGAUAAGGCGAAAAGCAAAACAGGCAAAUGAGCGAGAAUUCAAGUAUCAGCAAAUAAUGCGAAAUCUAGUCCGCCGCUAUGUAACAGUGGAGCAACGCAAGGCCGAAUCUCAAGGUGUUACGGAAGAUGAUGUCAAUGAAAUUAAGCAAGACAUCUCUGCGUUCCGUUGCGAAUUGGUAGAGAUAUUGAAAGGUAGUGGAAUGAACACAAGUACUGCUUCAGGUCAAGGAGCUGGCGGCAAGAAAAACCGUCAAAAAGAACGGCGCCUUAUGAAAGGUUUUAAUUUAGCUCCACCACCCGGAACAGGUAUGACAACAUUACCUCCAGUCGCUGAAUUUAUUCCAUCAUUUCCACCAAAUUCAGAUACCCAAGACUUCUACGGGUCAACAUUUUCGGGUAUAAAUAGUUCAAGCAUAACCCCACGUAGAAAUCAUUUGUAUACAAUGUCACAAUUUUCGUCUUCACAAGAUAGUGAAUCAUUCGGUCCAAUUGGAAAAUUAGGCAAACUUAGUUCAAAAUUACGUCAUAAUAAUAGUGCAUCACAUAAACGCAAAUGGGGCAAUCAUAAUUUAGGCACAUUAAUUUCCAAUGCUGCGCGAUCAGGAACGGGAAGUGUUUCACGUUUCAUUGGCCGAUCGCGUUCCGAAGAUUCGGUGUGCAACAAUGUACCGAACAGUAACAACAUUCGAGAAUCCGUCAGCCGUAGCAAUAGUCCGGGGUCGGAUGAAGGAGUCACAGCUUCGCCGACCGAUUCGAAUCCCAGCAUGGAUAAGCCAGACGUUACGUCUGCUGCCACGAAAGCUAAGAGCAAGGAUCAUCAUACUCAUUUAUACGGUUUCGGUGCUCUGGCAGCAUUAAAACGAAAGCGAAAAAAAUUCUCACGUAGCCGAAACACGAGUCCAAUUCAAGAACCGCCACAUAGUCAGGAAGCUGAUUCGGCAUCAGCUAUUUUACAACGUGCAUCCAGCGUUCCGUCACGUGUUGCCUUAGAUCCGAAAGCUGCAAAUAAUGCAUCUUCAUGUACAACAAAUCAACAGGACCAACCUAGCCAACAGGAAUCAAUCGAUACGACAACCAUACAGUCCGGCCUGUCACAGUCGACAACUGACGAAAGUGUUAAGGCGACCACAUCCAAUGAUCCAAUUGUGUUGCGUCAGACUGUCACAACGCCUGAAGUGCUACCACACCUGCCCAACAUUACGCCUGUUCGUGGUCACAACUAUCAGGGAUGGCUUUAGGCGACAAAAUUUUUAGUUUCCAAUUUUCCAAACUUUUUUUUUGGGUUGUUUAGACUUUUAUUUAUGGAAAACAUUUAAGGGAAAAGUUGAAAAUUUAUAAUAAUUGAAGUGGUAAGGGGGAAAGCGCCGUAAACACGUUCACACACAAACGAGAAAUUUUUAGUGUUUUAUCUGAGAAAUUAGCUGAAAAUAAAUGAAAUUUAAAUAAAUAAAAAAAAAAUCUAUUUUAAUGCAGCGCUGAGAUGGGUAUAUUUUACUUAGAACGAUUGAUAUAUUAAAUGGCUUUAAAAACAGAACAAACGAAACAUUAAUUUUUUUGUGGAAAAUAUGACGAACAUUUUAAUGAAAUAGAGGAAAUUUAUAGUGAAAAGAGAAAUGAGGACGGGAAAAACGAUUUUUGAAAAACUAAAAAAGAAAAGAUUUUUAGAGGAAAAUAAAUUAGCUUCGAUUCAAGUGAAGAGAAUAUUACUGUUUACAGAAAUAUAAAUAACAUUAGUUAACAUGAGUACCAUACACACAUUAUAUAUAGUUUAUUCGAGUAAAUGUUAACUACCAUAUCUUAUUAUUAAAUUGAUGAUGGAAUGACGAUGAAGAGAAUGUCUCACUCU